AUGCCCCCAACCACAUGUCGGCGGUCUCGCCGUUCAUUGGCCUCCGGAGACGAUGGGCCGGAUGGCGGUUCCCGUAACGGGGGCGUGCGCCGGCGGAGCUUGUCGACGGUUUGGGCCUUGCUCGCCGCGCCGGCGGAAAACGGUGGACCGGAACAGGAGGGAGGCGCCGAAGCCAGGGGCUGCGCCGGUGCCUGGUUUCCAAAAUUGGCGCCGCAAUACUUGCACCUCGUGCGCCGUGCACCGAGAUGGCAGCACCGUCGACCUCCAGGGGUCUUUUGUAGCACGCUUCGGUGGAAUGGCGAUGGAAGGAAACGUCGACCGCAAGGCGGCUCGUACGGCCAUGGCACGCUUCUAGCACCAUGUCGCCUGACAACCAUCGACCACCGCCACGGAAGAGACGACUUCCGACCAUGCCACGGCCGGCAUCGACGAGUCAAUCUCCGAGCCCGUCGCGAUGCCCUCAUCAGCCGACGGGGAAGCCAUCCGCGACCAAUCAGAGGAGAGCAUCGCGCGACGGGGCAGAGCUCGGCAUGCGAUUGCGCACACCCGCACGUGCACCUCGACAGAGUCCCACUCAGCUGCAAUGGCAGCGCCGCAGCGCCUGCGCACGAGUGCUCGCCGUACGGAGUGGUUGUUGUCCUGCUUCCACACACAGAAGAUGCGUACCAAGGGCAGGCAAGCCGAGUCGAUCGCCCCUCGCAAAAAAAAAAAAAGACUGUUCGUUGGGCCGUUGGGCCGUUGGGCCGUGGCGAGGUGCAGUGCUGUGCCCGUGGAGGCGCAUGGCCAAACCUGCAUGCUCGUUUGGCCUCGACGAGAAACAAAAACGAAGCAUGGCGAAGCCACAAAAACAUGGCACGCCGGAAUCGUCGACAUCCGACGUGCCUGGGGGGAGCAAACGAGGAGCCUCGCGGACGCUGGCGUGAUGCCAAGUGGCCAAAGGUAGCACGGCACACGGACCAGACACGGUGCAGGGGGUGGGGUGGGCAUCUGCUGAGGAAGGAGGAGCCUGCUGCCCUGCCGGCUGGAGCCAGAGCCGAGGACGCAGCGGAGGAGGAGCGCUCCAAAACUCCCCCCCCCAAGACUCCCCCCACACAAUCACCCCCUCCCGACGACCUCGUCCUCGUCGAGUGGUCUCCCGUCUCCCGUCUCCCGUCUCCAGCCUCUUUCGAAUUCAUCCUGCCAGCAACCAUUAGUGCCACCGCAGAGUACGAGGACAAGGAGCGGCGACGACUCCUACGAGGAUGCCGGCCCGCCACCGAGACGUGCUUCCCCGGCCCACCCUGCUGCCGGCGGCAAGCCGUCGACGGAGGCGCACGGGCGAUGGGCGGCGGCGACGAGGACACGGUGCGGCAACGGUUCGCUCGUCGUGCCGCGUCGCUCGUCGCUCGCCUGCCGUUCCCUAUUUCGUUGCCGUCCUGGAGGAUGCCGCGGCGAAUGGACGUGGGCGACCCGCCGGAAUCCGUGGACGCCGGGGGCGCCAUUCCUGCAGGCCAUGAGCAUCCCUCGACGGCGAGGAAGCCAUUCGUCGCCCCCCCCCCCUCCCCCGACGUCGCCCGGGACCGUGACUCUCCGGCGGCGAGACAAGGGGCCAAGGUGCACGUCGCCGCAGUCGACGCCCUCGGCGGUGCAGGCCAGGCAGCGCAAGGACGCCGCCGUUGGCAUCGGCAGGUGAGGAGGCUGGCCGCCCACGGACAGGGGGGAGACGAUGCACGAGGAGCCGUCCCAGUCACCAGUCACACGAGCCCGGCAACCGCUAAGCCUGUUCGAGCCCGCCUCGAACCUGCGUCGCAUUCUCCCGGGUUCCACGGGCUAGCGCAUCGGCGCGCCGUUGGAUCAUCGGAAGAUGCGGCGGCCGACGAGGUCGAGCGUCUCGGAAACGGAUGGAAUGCCAGCCGUCCAAUGCCGACAAGCCAGCCAGCGUCUUGGAGAAAGCCGCCCAGCAGCGGCCCGAGGUCGCGUGCUCAUCCUCUGCGCUCGCAAAGGAGCUGGCGGGCGCACGGCAGCGGGCAAUACGAACGGCACGGAUGCGUGACGGCAUUUGGGGGCCGGCAGGAGAGGCGAGGAGAGGCGAAGAGAGGCGAGGCGAGGCAAAGAGAGACGAGGCGAGGCAAAGAGAGGCGAGGCAAGGCUGAGGCGUCGUCCCUUUGGCCAUGCGUCGCAACUGGAGGACCGCCGAGCACAGCCAUCCCGCUCUCCGGCUCCCCCCCAAGAAGCGACCACGACGACCGCUGCGCGCGCCGCCCACCACAGCUGCACCCAUCACCGCCCACCGCCGCCCGUCACCACCCACACACCUCCACCACCACCUCCACUUCCACCCACCUCCACCUCCACCCAUCACCACCCGCCUCCACCCAUCACCAUCCAUCACGACGACGACGACGACGACGACGACGAUCCCACCUCUCGCUCGCGACACCCCCCCCGCACCCCCCUCCCCCCGCCCCAUACCUAGGUCUGCAUGUGCAUGCGUGUGCAGGCCCAUGUCAUGUCCGCUGCCUGCAGGUCGGCCGACAGGCCAGCGCGGAGCGUGAGCAGAUCGCCCGUUUGCGAGCCCCCCAGGCACGGCCAAGGCGGGAGUGCGAGCUGCCCUCGCAGGGUGGUGUCCCCGCUGCCGUGCGACGCUGCCUCGCCCGCCCUGUGCCUUCAUCGGAGCCUGCGCAGCCGUACAUGGCAGCCCUGGCCGGCGCUCUGCGCAGCAUUGCAUUCGACAUCAUCUUCGACAUCACCUUCAACAUCACCUUCAACAUCACCUCCGACAUCACCCUCGACAUCACCUUCGACAUCACCUUCGACAUCACCUUCGACAUCACCUUCGACAUCAUCUUCGACAUCAUCUUCGACAUCAUCCUCGACCGACAUCAUCCUCGACGUCACCUGCCUGGCGACUUCACCACCGGCUCGCCCCCCGCCUCUCCCGCCCGUCCCUCUCCCCUCCCUCCGCCCGCCGAGAUCGACACGUACCAUCGAAUGACGCAGCACUGUGGGCUUGACUCGCACGCCAUGUCCAUGUUCGCCAUGCCCCAGCACGCCUACGCCUACGGCCCGUCACCGGCGCCCGCUCGGCACUACGCCACCCACGGCACGAGCAGCGCCUUCAGCAGCUCGGCGCACCCCGACGAGGACUGGACCAAAAUCUCCGACCUCGCCGAGCGCAGGAGGAUACAGAACCGCAUCGCCCAGCGCAACUACCGCAAGAAGCUCAAGCGCAGGCUCGAAGAUCUCGAACGCCGCGCCGGUUCCUCGGACGAAGGCGAGCCCGACAAGAAGCGGACCCUCGGCGCGAGCAAGGGCGGCAAGCGGCAGCAGGCCGCGGCCAAGGCGCGCAAGACGCCCGCCAAGCCGCCGACGCCCGCCAAGCCGGCCGCCCAGCAGCAGCAGCAGCAGCAGCAGCAGCAGCAGUUCACGCCGCCCAUGGACGCCGCCGACGACGUCGUCUUCACCUCGCCCGUCUACGGCGAGCGCGACCGGUCCCGCACGCCGCCCAUCUUCUCCUACACGCCCUACCCGGCGCCCGACGAGCUGCUGCUCGACCCCUACGCCUCGGCCCAGCCGUACCCGAACAUGGCGGCGCCCUCGGACCCGUACCCGACCUACCUCGCCGCCGCCUCGGCCAUGCCGUCGACGCUGCCGUCGAUGACGCACUUUACCGAGGCCCUCAAGAGGGAGUCGUACCCGAGCGACGCCGGCAUGAGCUCCUACCUCCACUACGCCUUCAUGCCGGGCGUCGAGAUGACGCUGCCGGGCCCGUACGACGCCUCGCACCCUCAUACGCCUCCGCUGUCGCACUCGUACGAUCACUCGGCCUCGUGCUCCGAGACCGGCUACGAGUACCCGACGACACCCCUGUCGAUGCCGGGCUCUCCUGGCACCGUCGUGCAACAGCAGUGA